UAACAGAUGAAGAAUAUCGUGAAAUUCCAAUUUACUUUAAUAUAGUAUAUUAUUGUUAGACAGAAGACAGAAGAGACUACAGUAUAUUAUACAGUUUUGUGAUAAUUGAUUAUGUUUUCGUGAUAUUAUGGAAGUUAAGAGUGUUUUACUGGUUUUUAUUUUUAUAGGUUUAACAAAUUCAAAAUUUGAAAGUUCUUCAAAUUCUAUAAGAUCUAUUGUCAGACAGCGACGCCAAAGCAGCUUCAACUGUACUCUCCCGACACAAUUAGAAAAUGGAAGGGUGUUAGUAUACGGAAAAGAUAUUAAACCAGGUGAUCAGGUAGACAUCGACGUAUUAAUAAAAUUGGAAUGCCACAAAGGUUAUAAAUUAUCUCCUAAUACUCCUUUCAUUAUUUGUGACGGCAAUUGGGAGGAAAUACAUUUAGUGACGUGUAAAAAAACAUGUCCCCCUUUUUAUUCAACGGCAACUACUACGGUUAAAUGUAGAGAUAAAGAUUACAAUACAGUCCCUUGUGAUAAAGCAAUUGAUGGUACGUACUUAACUUAUGAGUGUGCUUCUUAUCAUGAAAUACCACCAGGCGGUAGAAAUAUACUCUACUGUAACAAUGGCCUUUGGGACUUUCCCAAACCUGUGUGUCAACCAAUUUGUGGAAGAAAAGUUUAUACGGAACCUUCACUUAUUUGGAAUGGCAACGGAGUCAACCAUUUUGACCACCCCUGGGUUAUAGCGGUAUUCAAGAAUUUAGGGAAAAAUUACGAAAAUAUAUGUGGGGGGACGUUAGUGAGCAUAAGAACUGUCAUAACUGCUGCUCACUGUGUUACGGAUACCUAUGGUCAUGCUUUGGGUAGAGAGAACUUUCAAGUUGUUGCGGGAAAAAUGUACAAUGCCUUUGGAGACGAACGAGAUACGCAUGCUCAAUAUAGAAAGAUAUCGGAAAUUGUUGUACAUGAAGGAUAUAGAGGAGAAAGUCAAAGGUACAUUGCUGAUAUAGCUCUGCUCAUAACUCAAGAGUUGUUCAAACUUGAUCGAUUUGUUCUGCCUGUGUGUAUUGAUUAUACAAACAGCGUAUAUUUAACUAAUCAUCAAAUAGGAGAGGUAGCUGGUUGGGGUAUUACUGAAGAAGAAAAGCCCUCAGAGCGUCUCAAAUCGAUAAGAAUACCAUACAAAGAUGCUGCCACGUGUGCUAAAGAGCUACCGGAAAGAUUUGAGCAACAAUAUCAUUUUUUUGAUAAAAUUUGCGCUGGUCGUCAAAAUGGUACCAUUGCCGUUUGUAAAGGAGACAGUGGUAGUGGACUUAUCUUUAAAAAUCGAGAAAACGAUAGAUAUUACCUUCAAGGAAUAGUUAGCAUAUCGCCAAAUUUAUAUACUUCCCAAUGUAAUUACCAAACUAUCGUCUUAUACACUAGCGUUUUAUUCUACAAUUCUUUUAUAAAACGAGAAAUUACUAAAAGUCACCUAGACCUAGAGGACUGCAUACUUCCGGCGUAUCCAAAAAAUGGAAAAUGGUUUGUUGAAGGCGGUGUGGAAAAAAAACCUGGUGAUAUUGUAUUGUCCAGCACUCUUUUACGGUUUUCGUGUAAUAUGGGGUUUAUUUUAUCCACAACAUCGCCAUAUUAUCGUUGUGAAAGUUCUGAUAAUCAACCUACCUGUCGCAAACUAUGCCCUAAACCUUCGUUACCAAAUGGAACACAAAUACUGUGUAACAAUUAUGAAGAUCAGUAUAUAGACUGUUCAAAACAAGCUGAUGGUGAUAGUAUAACAUUUACAUGCCCGAACAGGUUUGUGUCGGAUGAAGAAGUACAUACAAGGUACUGUCGAUAUGGAUCCUGGAAUUCUGAAUUUUCCUGUAAAAACGGUAAACAGGAACCCAAACACGUCCUUUAAGUUACAACAACGUCAAAAAUAGGCAGUAGGACUGCUUCACCAAAAACUAUAAUCACAUCAACCAAACUAGUUUCUAAUCAUUUAUACGCUGUGAGCUCGUACGUAGAGGUGAUAUUCAGGGGCGGCUCUUGAUAGUACAAGAUGGUGAGGCACACUACACUUGAGGAUUAUUAUUAUUAUGGUUAGAUUUUCUUUAAUAGCCGGAAGGUCGAUUUUGUGACGUCAUAACGUCACAGAACGGCACCGUAUUUAUUUUAAGGCUUGCAAACGAUAUUAAAUAACAAUUUUAUUGAAUAGCUACGAAAGUUCUAAGUCUCUAACAGGUUCAUACUCAUAGUAGCUGUUUUUUUAGCUAAAAAUAAUAAUUAAUAUGAUACCACAUAUCAAAACAGCAUGAAUCAGAUGUUUCGUCGUUGGCUCAUCAGCGUUGAACACUUGAACAGCCAUAUUAAGCAAAAUUUACAUUAUAUACUACAUGAAAACAACGGACAACUGAUUCCAGUGGCGUAACUGGGGGGGGGUUGGGGGUUAAAAGCCUUAAAUGCCUUAAAUUCUUAAAUCCAUACCCCCAGAGACCCACCAGUUGUAGCCCCCCUUAGGAUCAUUGUGGUUUGGCCGUUGACUGAUUCUGUUAUUAUUAAUCACUUGCCAAAAUGAAAUUAUGGUACGCAAACAAUAUACCUGCAAACACGUGAUAAUUUCAUUUUAGAACCAAUUUUAUUAUAUUGUAAAUGUAUUGCAUAUAUGUAAAUAGAAACAAGCAAGUAAGCAAAUUACGGUUAUAUUAUAAGAUUGUUUUUUUAUGUUAAAUAAACUAAGGGUUAAAUUUUA